AUGGCGGAUCUAGAAGCGGUGCUGGCCGACGUCAGCUACCUGAUGGCGAUGGAGAAAUCCAAGUGCAUGCCGGCGGCCCGGGCGAGCAAGAAAAUCGUGCUGCCCGAUCCAAGCGUCCGAAGCGUCAUGCACAAAUAUCUGGAGAAGGAAACCGAGGUUAACUUCGACAAAAUUUUCAACCAAGUACUAGGAUAUCUACUAUUCAGAGACUUUUGCGACAACGUCUCCGAGGAACCGGUGCCGCACUUGAAGUUCUACGAAGAGAUCAAAGCCUAUGAAAAAACAGAGUGCCAUGACGAGAGGCGGAAGCAGGCGAGAGACAUCUAUGACAACUACAUUAUGAAAGAAAUGCUAUCCCACACACACGAAUAUUCCAAGGAAGCGGUCGCGCACGUCCAGAAGUAUCUGAUGAAAAACGAGGUGCCAGUGAACCUGUUCGAGCCGUACAUCGAGGAAAUUUUCCAUCAUCUGCGCGGCGAACCGUUCCGAAAGUUCCUCGAGAGCGACAAAUACACCCGCUUCUGCCAGUGGAAAAAUCUGGAACUCAACAUACAGCUUACGAUGAAUGACUUCAGCGUGCACCGAAUUAUCGGACGAGGUGGCUUCGGCGAGGUGUACGGAUGCCGCAAGGCAGACACGGGCAAAAUGUACGCGAUGAAGUGUCUGGACAAAAAACGUAUUAAAAUGAAGCAAGGAGAAACGUUGGCACUUAACGAGCGAACGAUGCUAUCACUGGUCAGUACGGGGGUCGAUUGCCCAUUUAUUGUGUGCAUGACGUACGCCUUCCACACGCCGGACAAGCUGUGCUUCAUCCUGGACCUCAUGAACGGAGGCGACCUGCACUACCAUCUGUCCCAGCACGGUGUCUUCAACGAGUCGGACAUGAAGUUCUACGCAGCGGAGGUGAUCCUUGGACUCGAGCACAUGCACAAACGAUUCAUCGUGUAUCGAGAUCUGAAGCCGGCCAACAUCCUGCUGGAUGAGAACGGACACGUGCGUAUCUCUGACCUUGGGUUGGCAUGUGAUUUUAGCAAAAAGAAGCCCCACGCCUCGGUCGGCACUCACGGUUACAUGGCACCGGAGGUCUUGUCGAAGGGAACGCCAUAUGAUUCCAGUGCCGAUUGGUUCAGCUUUGGUUGCAUGCUGUACAAACUGCUGAAAGGACACUCACCUUUCCGGCAGCAUAAGACGAAGGACAAGCACGAGAUCGAUCGGAUGACAUUGACGAUGCAACCUUCGUGCUUGCAGAACGUAGAGCUGCCGGAAUCGUUCAGCAAAGAACUGAGAGAUCUGCUGGAGGGGCUGCUGCAGCGCGACAUCGACAAGCGGUUAGGCUGUAAGGGAGGCGGUGCGGAAGAAGUCAAGUCCCAUCCGUUCUUCACCGGCAUCGACUGGAAUCAGGUGUACUACCAGAAGUACACUCCACCACUAAUACCACCGCGUGGCGAGGUCAACGCCGCGGACGCAUUCGAUAUAGGCUCUUUCGACGAAGAGGACACCAAGGGCAUCAAGCUGACCGAGCAGGACCAAGAGCUGUACCGGUACUUCCCGCUGACAAUCUCUGAACGGUGGCAACAGGAGGUAGCGGAAACGGUGUUCGAAACCGUCAACACGGAGGCGGACAAGCUGGAACAGAAACGCAAAGCCAAACAGAAGCAGCGCUUCGACGCGGACGAGAAGGAUUCGGAUUGCAUACUACACGGGUAUAUAAAGAAGUAUGGCGGUUCGUUCGCCUCCGUCUGGCAGACGCGCUAUGCCAAACUCUAUCCUAACAGACUGGAGCUGCACACCGAAAGCGGCAGUACCAAACCGGAGCUGGUGUUCAUGGAUCAGAUCGAGGAAGUUUCCCCGGACUUUGUGCAGUUCAAGAACGAGCAGUGCGUGCAGAUCCGGUUUCGGGACGGCAUUCGCGAUGGAAAGCUAAUCCUCACAAACUCGGAUGAAAUCGGUUUGAAAGAGUGGGCCCUGUCUCUGCGAGCGGCACACAAAGAAAGCCAGGAACUGCUCGGGUCGAUGGCGAAGAAGGCGGGCAAAAUCUACGGCACAGAGGGCCAGCGUGUUGCCGCGGACGGGAAACAACUCGGUGGUAGCGGGGCGACCGCAGGCAUGGUCAUCUCAAGCAGCGGUGGAACCGGUGCCGGUGGCGCAAUCGCCGCUAGCGGCCAGAAGAACACCAACGGGGGCUCCAACUAG